CACUGAGUCUGGGGGCUCAGCAAUGCAAGCAGCCCCCAUGUGAACGGCUUAGGGAAACGUGCAGAUCCCUUUGCCUACAGCUGAGCCAACCGUGGGAAGACGGGUUUAGCUCAGCUUUCCAGAUGCUUCUGAGGAAACACGCCUGAGCACCCUUAGCCACCCCAAGGAUCAAAAUCCAGCAAGAAGUGAAAGGCAAAUGUCAGGAGGAACCCCAAAUGUUUCUUCGGGUCCUUCUCAAUCUCAACUUUCCAUGUUCAGAGUCAAAAAGGCAUCAUUCAUCGUCUGAAGGAACAUGUCAGGUUCUCCUGAGGCUGCCCUCAACUCCUUGGCACUCCUCAACAGUUCCAAAUUGAAUCCAUCGGUGGUCUGGCUGACUGGGAUUCCUGGCAUGGAAUCCAACCUUGCCUGGAUUUCCAUCCCAUUCUGCUCCAUCUAUCUCAUUUCUGUUUUGGGGAACUCGGUUAUUCUUUUUGUGAUCAAAACAGAGCAAAGCCUUCACAAGCCCAUGUACAUCUUCCUCUCCAUGCUGGCUAUCACAGACCUUGGUUUAUCCAUCUCCACCAUGCCAACCAUACUAGGCGUCUUUUGGUUUAACACCAGAAGGAUCAGUUUUACUGCUUGUUUCACCCAACUGUACUUCAUCCACUCGCUCUCAUUGAUGGAGUCCUCUGUGCUCUUGGCCAUGGCCUUUGAUCGCGUUGUGGCCAUCCGCAACCCCCUCAGAUAUGCCUCCAUCUUGACCAUGCCAAGAAUAAGGAAGAUGGGCCUGGCAUUUGUGGUCAGAGGCGUGGCCUUGAUCUUCCCGUUGCCCUUCCUUCUCAGAAGACAUCACUACUGUUGGGUCAACCUCCUCUUCAACUCCUAUUGUCUUCAUCAGGAGGUGAUGAAGCUGGCCUGCUCCGACAUCACUGUGAACAGCAUUUAUGGCAUGGUUGUCAUUUUCUCCACAGUGGGGGUGGACUCACUUCUUAUCCUGUUCUCUUACAUUGUGAUCCUCAAGACUGUGUUGGGCAUCACAUCACGGAGAGACCGCCUCAAAGCCCUCAGCACUUGUGGCUCACAUAUCUCCGCAGUGUUGCUCUUCUACACACCAAUGAUUGGCCUAACUGUGAUACACAGGUUUGGGAAGGAUACCCCGCUCUUUGUCCGUAUUUUUAUGGGUUAUGUGUACCUUCUGGUGCCACCCCUCAUGAACCCCAUUGUGUACAGUGUAAAAACCAAGCAAAUUCGAGACAAGAUAAUCCAAAUUUUCUUCAAGUGGUACACAAAAAGUAGAAGCUUCUGUUCUUGAUACCAAAUAUGUUUUUUAUAAAAUUCCUUGGAGGAAAUAUCAUGAAAAGCAGAUCAGAUCUUCCAAAAGAUUCAGAGAGCCUUUCUCUGUGGAUCAGGUCACAUUCACAAGUGUAGGGAACAUAAAUUUCAGGAUUGAACUGUGAGGUCCUUGGUGCUCUCUGAACUUGGUUGUUUUCUUGCAGAAG